CCAACCCCCAGAGGAGCGGCGCCCGCAGCCGCCCGUACCUGCGCUCCUCCACCUCCGCGUCUCUCUCGAGCUCCAACAGGUCCAGCUGCUUGGUCACAAAGCUCUCCACAGCCGCCGAUGCCAUCGCCGCCGCCGCCGGCCUAAGCCCGGAGCCGCUGAGGCCCGGCUUCCCCGCCGGACCGGUGUUCCCCGCGGGCUGGUGCGUCGACGCACUACGUUCCCGCCGCUUCCGCUUCCGGCCAAGGCUACGGGAAGAUGGCGGCGGCCGUGGCUGCAUCUGUCCUGACGGUCACUUUCGGGCGGCUGGUGUCCUCGUGCAGCCGCAGCAUCCUGAGAACUUCAGGACCCGGAGCGGCUUCCUUUUGGUCUGCUUCUCGAAGAUUCAGUUCACAGAGCACUUCAUCUCCACAAGGAUACGUUCCUAAAACAUCCCUGAGUUCGCCACCUUGGCCAGAAGUUGUCCUGCCAGACCCGGUUGAGGAGACCAGACACCAUGCAGAGGUCGUGGGGAAGGUGAACGAGCUCAUCGCCACCCGGCAGUAUGGCAGGCUCUUUGCUGUGGUGCACUUUGCUGGCCACCAGUGGAAGGUGACCUCUGAAGACCUGAUCUUAGUUGAAAAUGGACCAGACAUCGCAUGUGGAGAGAGGAUUCGACUGGAGAAGGUCCUGCUGGUUGGGGCUGAGAACUUCACGCUACUUGGCAAGCCACUCCUUGGAAAGGAUCUUGUUCGAAUAGAAGCCACAGUCAUUGAAAAGACAGAAUCAUGGCCAAAAAUCAAUAUGAAAUUUAGGAAGAGGAAAAACUACAGGAAGAAAAGAAGUAAGUUAGACAAAGUCCGGCUGGCACUGUGCCCUGGGGUGCAGUCAUUGUGACCCCACAGAUCGUCCUCCGGAUAAACACCAUUGAGAUCGCUCCGGGUUUGUUGUGAUCACUGAGCUAGUAUUUACAGAAAUGAAAAAGUAAAUUCCUGUUUUCCAAGGA